AUGGAUGAGAGCGCGCCCUACAUCGUCGAGGUUGAUUUGGAGAACGGUGAGGAGUUUAUCGAUCUGGCUGAUACCGAGGAUACUGUGUUUGAACUGGAAGGUGGCCUCCGUCCGGCGCAGACCAUUGCUUUUCGCAUUCUGGUUGUGGUGGGCGAGAUCGACUACGCCGCCGUGGCAGCCGAUGCCAAGGCUAGCGCUGAUGAUGAUACCGAGGCUGGUGGUGAGGUGCUCUACGCCCCGGGGCCGAUCACUUACCUCCCAUCGGAAGUCUUUCAUGCCACCACGCUGCCGGACGUGCCCGAGGCCCCGGCGCAAGUCACCGUCGGCAAGUUCACCUCGUCAUGGAUUCGGUUCAUCUGCGGCAAGUCGCCGGCAGACAACGGCAAGGCCAUCACCGAGUACAUUGUCCAUGUCGACGACGGCUCGCUUGGUGGCAGCUCGGCGUCGGCGUCGGGACGACAGGGCGAGGCCGAGUUUGUUGCGUGCCGCACCUUUACCAUCGCCGUGGCCUCCAAUAAGAACGCCGUCGGCAAGGCCAUCCGCAUCGACAGCCUCGCCCCGGGCUCGCGGCUUGCCUUUCGCUGCGCAGCACGGAACGAGCUCGGUCUCUCGGCCUUUUCGCCCAUCACCCACGCUCGGCUCAAAAUCCUCCCGCCGAGCGAGCCGCUGCCGCCGACGCUGGUCUCUGCCCGCGAGACAGCGCUCACCCUCGCCUGGCGCCCGCCCGAGUCUGUGGGCGGCGCGCCGCGCAACGAGUUGGCGUACUGCCUCUCGAUGGCGGCAGGCGCUGAGUCGUUCAAGCCCACUUUCCGCGGCGGCGAGACGACGGCCGAAGUCUCCGGCCUCGCGCCGGCAACCGAAUACACCUUUCGGCUGGUGGCAUCCAACUCCAAAGGCGAGUCGCCGCCGUCGACCGUGGUGACCUUUGCCACCGCCGCUGGCGUUGCCCACCCGCCCACCAAGCUCAAGAUCGACGGGACAGUCGCGCCGACCUCGUUGCGAAUGGUGUGGACCGCACCGCUGGUCACCGGUGGCCUCCCGGUCUCGGCCUACAGAGUCUACCUCAAUAGCGCGCUCUAUCUCGAGACCGAGCAGUGCCACGCUCGCGUCAAUGGCCUUCAACCUGGCCUUUCUGGCACGCUGGAGCCGGUCGCGGCCGCUCAAGUUCUCCACCCCGCCGCUCGCCCGGCGCAGCCAGCUGCAGUCACUGUCACCGCCAUGACCCACGACUCGAUCGAGGUGGCCUGGGAAGCACCAGACUCUCAGGGUGCUCCACUGCUGAGCUUUGAACUCUCGGCCGUCGCUGUCGCACGCGACGGGACCGAGCACACCCUGCCGGGACUCGAGCUCCCCGGGCGGGCACGGCAAGCGUGCCUUGCGGACCUCACCCCGUCGACGCUGUACAAGAUCUCGCUGGUGGCGUCCAACUCGACCGGCGCAUCGAAUCCGUCGCAGGAGGUGGCGGUGACCACUCCACCGCCACCACCUGGUUUGCCGCCACCGCCGCUUGCGCCGCCAAGCGUCAUCGGUGUCACCCUCGACACGCUUGUUCUCGGUUGGGCUCCGCUGCCGGCGGCCGCUCAGGAUCCGCGGGCGCCGCUCUCGGCCUAUGUGGUAUAUCAAGAGGCGCUGGCGCGGACGGGGUCCGUCGAGAAGCAGCACAAGCCUACGCUCUCGCGGGUGUACAUGGACAAAGAGGCGUGUGCAACGCUGCGACAGCUCGACGACGCGCACGUCUAUCGGUUUGCGCUCGCUCUCCGCAAUCGGGUUGGCGAGACGCCGCGCGGGCCGUGGACCGAGUGGCUGACACUCGCGCCACAGCCGCCGCCGACACCGCCGCCGGCGCCGCGCGUGGGCGAGACGACCGCCAGCGGUGUUGAGGUCAGUGUGGCGCUGCCGGAGCGCGACGGACUCGCACCGUUUGUGAGGCUCGACGUACUGGCGCGCAUUGUUUACGCGCCGUCGCUCGAGCGCAGCGAGACUAUGACGCUGGCGUCGGGUGCAGUGCUUUCGUACACGAGCUGGGCCCCGGUGGCGGCGGUGCCGGUGGCGGCAGGCAUGGCCAUGCCUGUGCCGGUGGUUGUCAGCGGUCUCUCACCGGGCAUGUCGCUCGAGCUGGCGAGCGUGGCGUGGAACGCGCUAGGGAUGUCGCCGCGGUCGGAGCGGGCGACGGCGACGCUCCGUGGCAUGCCGCCGUCGCAGAUGGAGCCGCCAGCGUUGGCGUCGACCGGCGCGGUCGGUCAAGAGUCGAUCGGGUUGCGGUGGCACCCGCCGGAACACGACUUUGGGGCACCGGUCUUCAAGUAUGUUGUGUACUCGGAGGUCGGGCUCGACGACGCCGGCCUGCCGAUCCGCGAGCAGCUCCUCACCACGACCAAGACGGCGGCUGAGAUCAGUGGACUGUCGCCGGGAACCCGGUACCGGUUCUCGGUGGCGGGCGUGUCUUCCGAAGGCAUUUCGGCGCCGUCCGAGGUGCUGGACGUCAUGACGCUUCCGCCACGGGCGCUGGCCCCGCAGCCGCCGAUGGUCCAGCCGCACAGCGAGCCGGCCCGGGCCAACGCGGGCGAGGUGACGCUGGUAUGGGACGAGGCUGCCCCCAUGUCCAAGGCGCGGAAGCGGAAGCUGGCCAAGGCGCGGAAGGCCCGCGGCGUGGUCCCGACCACGCAGUACGAGCUUUUCGUCGACGAGACGGACGCCGGCGAUGGAUGGCGGCUGAUCUACGCCGGCAGUCUUCCGCAGUACGAGUUCCAAAUUCCUGACGAGGCCGGUGUUCGGGUCAAGGUCCGUGGACUCGGCGCGGGAGGCGAGCGGUCGGCCUUUAGCAGCGUUGUGGCUGUGAGCAGAGGCAAGUAUGUGCUAGAGGCUGGCGAUGUGCCGAGCGCAAGCGCGAGCGCAAGCGAGAGCGAGAGCGAGAGCGAGAGCGACGACGAGGCUCCCGACGGCAGCACGCCGUUUGACGGCCCGAGCCGCGGACGCUCGAGCGGCGAGAGGCCGAUGCAGCUGUGGAUGGCCGGCGUGGGCGUGGCGGCGGCGGCGGCGGCGGUGGCAGCCGGCCUCUGGUUUGGUGGCGAGGAGACUCAGUAA